AUGGAAAUUGAUCUGAACCAUGAAGUGAGGGGUGGUGAGGAGGAGGAGAAGGAGGAGAACAAGAAUGGUUCAUGUUGUUAUGCAGAAUGUGAAGAAGGGGUUCUUGGUUCUUGUGGCUAUAACUCUUCAAAUGCUUCUUCAAUCUACUUGGAGCUCUGGCAUGCCUGUGCUGGCCCUCUCACCUGCUUGCCCAAGAAGGGGAAUGUGGUGGUCUAUUUCCCUCAAGGCCACUUGGAGCAGGCUGCUUCUGCUUCUCCCUUUCCACCAUUGGAGACUGACCUCCCAACACUUGGCCUUCAGCCCCAGAUCUUCUGCAGAGUAGAGGAUGUUCAACUUCUUGCCAAUAAGGAAAAUGAUGAUGUCUACACACAGCUGACUCUUCUCCCUAUAUCAGAGCCAGUGGGUAUGAGUUUGGAGGGGAAAGAGCCUGAGGAUUUGGGGAUGGAUGAGGAGGGGGGUGGAACUGCCCCUACAAAAUCAACCUCCCAUAUGUUCUGCAAAACCCUUACUGCUUCCGACACCAGUACCCACGGAGGAUUUUCGGUUCCUCGUAGAGCUGCUGAAGAUUGUUUCCCACCUUUGGAUUACAAAGAGCAGAGGCCAUUUCAGGAGCUGGUUGCAAGAGACCUGCAUGGAGUGGAAUGGAAAUUUCGACACAUAUAUAGAGGCCAGCCAAGGCGGCAUUUGCUCACCACCGGAUGGAGUAUUUUUGUGAGCCAAAAGAAUCUAGUGUCGGGGGAUGCGGUUCUCUUUUUAAGGGGAGAAGGGGGAGAUCUCAGACUGGGAAUAAGAAGAGCUGCUAGGCCUAGACACGGGUUGCCUGAGUCAAUCAUAAAGAAUCAAACUUCGUAUUCCAGUGUGCUUUCUGCAGUCACAAAUGCUCUAUCUAGCAAGAGCACAUUUAAUGUCUUCUAUAGCCCAAGGGCAAGUCAUGCUGAUUUCAUCGUCCCCUACCAAAAAUACGUAAAAAGCAUCAGCAACCGGAUACCCAUUGGAACACGAUUUAAAAUGAGAUUCAACAUGGAUGAUUCUCCUGACAGAAGGUUCAGUGGUGUUGUGACUGGAGUAGGUGAUUCGGAUCCAUAUAGAUGGUCCAGUUCAAAGUGGAGAUGUUUGAUGGUUAUGUGGGAUGAUGAUUUUAUGAGUAAUCAUCAAGAACGAGUUUCUCCUUGGGAAAUAGACUCUUCAGUUCCUUUUCCACCGCUGAGCAUCCAGUCAUCUCCAAGAAUGAAGAAGUUGCGUACCAGUCAGCAGGCACUGCCACACGAAAGCCAUUUUUCUGGAAAUGGUGCUCUAUUGGACUUUGAGGAGUCUGUAAGAUCCUCUAAGGUCUUGCAAGGUCAAGAAAAUUUACAUUUACUAUCACCUCUUAUGGGAAGUGAGAAAACUAGCUGCCAGAAGGAUUUUGGGCGGCAGCUGCCCAUAGGUCAUCAGAAUCUCGGGCCAACUGGCAUAGGAAAGUCGCAAAUUGGCGAAUUUGUCAGAACUCAGCCUCCAGCCAUUUACACGGGCUUUCUGGAAUCCAAUAGGUUUCCAAAGGUCUUGCAAGGUCAAGAAAUUUGCUCUUUGAGAUCCCUAACCAUGAAAAGUGAUAUAAAUCUCGGCGCCUGGGCUAAACCUGAUCUUGGUUGCAAUAUUUUCCAAGCAUGCCAGGCCCCCAAAAACAACUUCUACCCUCUCGGUUCUGAAGGGGCGAGGAAGGUGUUGUUACCUUACAAUGGGAUCUAUAGAGCUAACCAAGAUCCCGUAAUGCUUCCAUGCAUGACUAAUUACCAAAUAGAAAGUCAUGUAUUAAAGCCAAUCUCCAUCCAAGGUGGAGCAAUGAGGGAAGAGCGUAUAGUUCAAAACUACGCAAACGAGCAGAGCCCUCUCGAAAAAGGACCCAAACUGCCUACUCCAGAGACGCACUUCACGAAUGAGAAAAUCGAGCCUUUGAAUGGAAUAGCAUCACCCUGCAAACUAUUUGGCUUUUCUUUGACCAACGAGCCGUCCACCCCAAGCUCACAAAGCUCUGGUAAGAGGAGCUGCACAAAGGUUCACAAACAAGGAAGCUUGGUAGGACGAGCUAUAGAUCUCUCGAGACUCAACAGCUAUGAUGACCUGCUGGUUGAGCUGGAGAAGCUUUUCGGCAUGGAAGACCUCCUAAGGGAUCCAAAUAAAGGCUGGAGAGUCUUGUACACCGAUAGUGAGAAUGACAUGAUGGUCGUUGGGGAUGAUCCAUGGCACGAGUUCUGUGAAGUAGUCUCCAAAAUCCACAUAUACACCCAAGAAGAGGUGGAGAAAAUGACGAUAGGAGGGAUGAGUGACGACACCCAGAGUUGUUUGGAGGAGGCGCCGCCAGCAACGGAUGCAUCCAAGUCCUCUUCGGUCGGCCAGCCCGAUUCUUCUCCAACAGUGAUCAGGAUUUAAGGCUUUAGGAUUUGCUUCCCAUUUCAUGCUGUAAUGUCAGUCAGAACUUCUAUAUCUAUACUCAAGUUGUGUGCUCAAUAAUUGCUUACUCCAUGUGACAAUUAUGUGUUGGAGGAAACUGUUUAUGACUGUGUAACAUGUGUGGUCUUAUGGUACUGUACUAUGAGAAUGCCACUAAAAAGCUUGUCCUAUGAAUCCCCUCUUUUGGAAGAUUUCAUUUUUACCAGUUGAGUGCUGGGUUGAAAUUUCAUAUAUUUUGUUGCUC